AUGGCCGAAGACAUUGGGCGAAGGAUACAUGAGCUCCUGACUCAGAGCUUACAUGCACCCGAACCACAGCGUUCAGCAGCUGAGAAGAACUUGCAACAACUCCAUAAAUGUCCUUUGACUCUUCCAUUUCUCACUCGUAUCCUAGAGAUGUAUGUAGCAGCUCCUAAUGCCGACGGAAUGCAGUAUAAUCGUAUGCAACUUGCCUUAGAAGACGUUAAUGUGCGUUUAUUAGCUGUUUUGUGGCUAAAACAAUACCUGAAAGAGAAGUGGAAGGUACGAGAUAGUACUAAUACUACUAUUAAUUGUUUAUCCGAUGAAGAACGCGUUCAUAUACGUCAUUUGUUGCUAUUUGCAACACUUCAUGAGUCUCAAGAGACAAUCGCACUUCAUUUAUCACUCAUUGUUGCUGCAAUCGCCCGUACUGAUUUUCCAAGUCAAUGGACAUUCGAGACAUUGUUUUCAAUCAUGUUGCAGCCGUUGAGACGGCAGAAUGAAGCUAUGGAGUUGUCAAGGGAGACGAAACGCGGACUAGACGUGUGCUACCGCAUUGUAAAGGAGCUGGCGACUAGACGACUCAUGCAGCAUCGAAAACAAUUUGCAAUGCUUAGUGUAGAGCUGUUGCCGUUAUUACUACAGUACUGGACAGUAACGGCCACGCAGCUGAAUGAAUUCUUGCAGGCACAGGAAGAGGCAGCAGAGUUGACAAAUGCAGAAAAGGCUACAGCUAUUGUAUCAGCGCUAACGAUCGCAACAGCAGGCGAUCAGCUGCAUAUGUUGACGACCACUACGAAACUUAUCUCGACAAUGCUGUUGAAUGCGUUUAGGGAUUUGGCAGCGCUGCACAAUGGUGAGCUUAUGCGAUCUGCACUUGUCGAGUUCUACAAUCAGCUUGAAAGACUUUUUAGGUUUAAACAGUCAUUUGUAGCAUUGGUUGAGAAGGUGGGCAAGCUUGAGACUGGUGCAGAGGUAGAAAAGGUGAUGCAGACGCUUGACAAGUGCUUGCACCGCAUCGCGGCAAUUGUCGUUGGCGUGCAGAACUCGUACCCGAUCGAGUUUCGAGAAUACUUACCACCAUACCUUACGCUGUUCUGGAACGUCAUUCACUCGUUUGCUGCAAUCUCUUCGACUGCACUUUCAUCGCCUUGGCAGCCCCAGAUUGAUGCGCUCCAAUUUUUUUCCAACGUACUGAGCUGCCGCCUAUAUAAAAAUGAGAGCCUCUCUGGUCCUGAUGGCACGACGCGGAUUGUGUCAAAAGUCAUUACAGCCACGGGAGAUGUUGCAUUAACGGACGCAAUGGUGUUGGAAGCGCAAGCAGCAUUACAGACAUUUUUUACACAGACAGAGGAUCGUUUUGCUUCUAUGAUGAAUCUAGUGGUGAUGCGCUACAUGGCCCUAACUGCUAAGGACUUGGCAGAGUGGCAGGGUGAUCCGGAGGCGUAUUGCACUCUCGCGGAGAGCUUAACAGCGAAUGAGUCGGUGCGAGUUUGUGCGGAAAAUGUUUUUUUGACGCUAGUGCAGAAUUUUCCAAACCAAACGAUUCCAGCAUUGACGCAGACGAUCUUAGCUGCCUCGAUAUAUCUACUAGAACUCGGGCGUGGUCAGGCAUGUAGUUCUGGUGACGAUGAACGAAUACUUGGUAUAGAUGCCAUGCUUUUAGCAAUUGGUCUGGGUUGUUAUGACCUCCACGAUUGCUUUGAGUUUGAACCCUGGUUUCUUACCUACCUUGUGCCAAUACUGGUAAAUCCUGACGCUGCAGUUGGGUCGUUUCAAGGACUACCCGUUUUGCGUUGUCGUAUUGUAUGGCUCGUCAGCUGUUGGCUAGCGCAACUAAAGUCAAACGUUCGACCGCCACUUUACGAUGCGUUGCUUAGUACGUCGACGUUCCUUCGCCAAGGGGACGCCGACGUUGCUCUUAAGCUGCGUAUUACUCAGACAUUGGAAUCGAUGGUGAAUGACUGGGGAUUCGAGCACGAUGCGUUUGCUCCAUUCUUGCCACGGGCGUUGGAGUGCUUGUUUGCCUUCUUUCCGCAAGCACAUGAGUCUGAAAGUAAAAUGAAAGUGCUGGGGUGUUUGGAGGCAAUAGUUCAAGCGUAUGGUGCGCAUAUUAUUCGCUUCUGUCAUCAGAUUAGUGCGCCCCUACCUGAACUGUGGACCAACGAAAGUGGUGCCAGUAAUUUUGUUCGUGGUAAAAUUCUCCAGCUUAUGGCAAAGCUCCUUCAAGGUGUAAGCGAAGCACAGCAAAAUAGUGUGGACGCACGUGUGGAGGAUGGUAGCGUACAGACACUGUUGCGUAUGUGCGUCCAGUUCGUCCGGUUUGCGACUGACGUGUCAAACCCUGACGAAAUUUUUUUGAUGGAAAGCGGACUCGAACUCUGGAACGAAACUCUUGAAAUAUCGACGGUAUACACCGAGGAGGUCCACGCACUCUUUGGAAAUGUAUUGCGGGUAAUGGAACGCGACUUUGAGCAUGUGUCGCUAGCAUUGACUAUAUUGAAGCAAUACUUGCGACUGGGCAAGGUGCAAUUCUGGCAGAGCUACCACUCUAGCGUUUCUAGGCUUUUACGGAGUGUGAUCGGUAACGUUAUUACAGAGGCUUCCUUGCAGAUUGUUCAAGUGGUAGAGAUCAUAGUCGCUACUAUUCCAUCUGAUCAAGUGAGGGAAUUAAUAUCCGUGGUAAAGGCGAUGGUGGAAGCAUGCAUCGCUUUUGAGCAAAAAGAGAAGAAGCGUGAGCCGGAAACUGUUGUUGCCGGAUACUUGAGCGUCAUUGCUAGGCUAAUGAUAAUUGACUUUGACUUUACGCUGGAGACUUUACUAGCGAGUGAUCACAUCGCACUGCAGUUGCUAGUGGAUGCGAUGCUUCGAUUGUUCUACACUGUGGGUUCAUCACCGUUGACGUCAUUGAGACGGAAGGUGUGGGCACUUGCAUUGAGCUCUACUCUCAUGUCAAUGGAGCAGCAGCAGCUAGGGAGGACUGGCCAGAUCCUGGAGAUCUGUGUCGAGGUAAUAGAAGAUGAGCAACAGGAACAAAAGCAGAGACAGACUGCUGCAACUGCAGACAGUGACGAGGAUGGUGCUCGGUCGUUGGGGGUCUAUCGUGCAUUUCAAGCUCACCGCAAGAUGCAGCAGCAACAGCCGAGCGUCGAAGACAUCCCUAUCUUAGCAGUAGAUUUGAAGGUAUUUGUUUGUGGAAAAUUGAAUGGCCUUGCAGCGAAGCUGGGUACCAAUACUUUCAACAGUCUGUUGGAAACAGUGGACUCGUCGGUGCUGCGCAAGUUUCAGUCAUGA